AUGAUGUCGUAUUUCAUACAACGCAUGCCCUGUACACGAAGCUACCCGAUGACAAAAGAUAAUUUCAUGUUGUCAGGAGUAGUUAUAGAACUCACCCAGGCGGCAGUCAGCCAUUCAGUAAAUCGUUCGAUCACUGGUUUGAUUGGUGUGCCCUCUUCCUCUUAAUCGCGUCAUUAUUCUGUAGUUAUUUGCCCCGAUCUUUGUAUUUUGCAGGCAAGCUUCGUCUAGUGACUUCAACAGACCCCGUCUCGCGCAGCUUAACACUGCGUAUUUCCUCAAAGGUAUAACGCUGUUCUUGAGCUUGCCUAGUGCCUAGGCCUCAUUUUUCCUCGCGGCCAAAGCGUUUCGGGUCACGUGGUCCAUGCGAAAAUGUUUCCCGCCCAUUCGCCUCGCAUACGUCACCGAAAACGAAUUGACCGAGAGGGACUGGGAAAACGCCGUACAGGGACUAGGCAAUUCUUGAGCUACGUUCGUGAUUCUACUUAAGCAAUUCUAAUGAACUAGUCUCUGAUUACCAAUUCUAUACAUUUAUAGACACCGUUCAUUCUGCAAGAGAUCAAUGAAUUGCUCCAUCCGUUAAUGAAUGCCGCUGCCCAUAAUGUGCACAUGGCAUGUCCCGAGAUUCACCGCGCGCUCAAGUCUGUGGAAGUAGACGUGUCUGGAAGGAAAUCCAGUAUGCAAGAAAAACCAAACUGAGCGAACCCUUCACCAAUACGUAACUUUCCAGUUCCAAUUACGACUUCAUUUUGUUUGAAAACCAUGUUACAGCAACAUUUUCUAAAAGUAGUAUCCCAACACUGUCCCUCUAUCACUGGGAAUAAUCAGCACGGUAUCGUUUCACCUGCAAGAGACCAUUAACACGUGUAAUCUCCCAGGUUAAUAGUUCAAGUUAAGUUGGAUGUUGUCUGUUGUCGCUUAUUGUUGCGAAAUCUCGAUUUCCGAUCAUGUUGGGCAUCAUCGCAGUCACCGUCAGCAAUUUAAGUUUUUGGGAAACUGCCCACCUACCCCU